UUUUCCGGACGAUUGCAUCGCAAUAUGCUGAAACCUGUGGUUCAAAUGGCUUUUUCAAAAAAUGUGCUCGGUCUAAUCUGGCGACGAAGUAUGCUGCAGGUAGCUAAUAAGGCUGUACAAUUAAAAGUUACCUCGCAAACAUCACCCAUAGCAAGUAAUUCAAUUCUCCGCUCAUCGUUCUGUACAACAAAUGCCCCAGUAGCUGAUAGUGUUCAAAACAAUCAGACCGAUGAAUUAGGCCGGAUACAGGCACGUAAGAUGAGCCUAAUUUUUACCUGCAAAGUGUGCAACCAUCGGAACAUGAAAAUGAUAUCCAAGCAAGCAUACGAAAAGGGAGUCGUAAUAGUGACGUGCGAUGGUUGUAGUAAUCACCAUCUGAUAGCGGACAACCUGAACUGGUUUACCGAUUUGAACGGAAAGCGAAACAUAGAAGAGAUACUGGCAGAGAAGGGAGAAAAGAUUACAAAAAUAUUUGAAAAGUAAUUGAUGUCCUGUGACACGAAACAACCACUAUGUUCGGGUGGCACGGUGGUAGCAACGACGUUCCCACACGAAAGGAGAGAGAGACGAAAUACCAUUCGAAUCGUUACAUUACACCAAACACCAUCCCCAUUACAAGGACGGACUGUCCGGCUACGUGGUAAAACUAGUAAGUCUAGAAAGGAAAAAAAUGGCAGGCAUGAUGAAGUCGGUCGUUAAGAAAAGAAGGAACAGAAUCUCUCUCUCUCUUUCUCUUCUUCUUGGCGAAGAGGAGAGACCUUCUAGGUCAUGCCUGCCAUUUCUAGCUUACUAUACUUAAUUUUACCACGUAGCCGGAUAGUUAAUCCUUACUACAAUAAAAGAAUUUGUUCAUUUUAGAAAUGGGAAGUGAAUAAAAUGAUGUUAUGUGAUACAUUAGUGUUACGUUAGUGAUACAUAACAUUAUAGGAAUGUUAUCAGAGAUUUGGUAAUUAUCGGAGAUUGCAGCGGCGGAUCAAACGGUAGGCGGAGUAGGCGGUCGCCUAGGUCCUCGCCGU